AUGCCUUCCGAGUCAAUGGAGAUGCCCCAGAUGAACAACAACAUGGUGGCCCAGCCCCAGACUACCGAGCAGCCCAAGGCUGAGGAGCCCAUGUCAAUGUCUCUCCGUGGCGGCGGUCUCUGCGAGGACUGCUGCUGCUGCUGUGCCGGAUGCUGUGCCCUGGAGACAAUCUGCUGCUGCCUCGGCGCCGAGGAGGUCGCUGACAACCUCUAA